AUGGCACGCGCGUCUUCAGCACUGCUGGCGGUGCUGCUUUGCAAGUUGGCCUUCAUUGCAUCUUCUGUUGCUUUUCCUCCUCCACCCCGUGUCGCAGUCGCCGCGCGCCAACAAGAACCAAACGAUUUUGAAGACUUCGAGAAGCGCGAGGUGGAGAAUUGCGUGCCAUACGACGUCCGCUCAUCCAUUGUAGGCUCACGUGCUGUUGUAGAAUGGGCCACGCGACGCACGUAUAUACGGAAAGUGAAGUUACAGAAAGCGAAGGACCGCAGCCCCGCACUCGCCAACCCAUGGCGCUCUUGCCACGACGUUUCUGCUGAGGUGGAAGUACGAUAUCGUCGACUGGGCGAUAAUGACACAAUGUUUGUCAUUGGAGACAGAGAGGAACUUUUUACCAGGAAAGAGGCCAUUACGUACACUACGGACGGAGCUACGCUCACUUCACAUACAGCGUUCAUCAACUUGCAAGAAGAAACACAAAAUGUGGCGUACGAGUUUGUUGUUGGCUCCAUGUUCCAUGGCUGGUCAGCAGUGCAUCGACUAGGUAUCAAUGUCCCGUUUCGAGGAUUACUAGCAGAACGAUGCCGUCCGAAGCACGUGCACAUGGCUUACGGUCUACGGCCAGGCAGCUUGGCUGUGCAAUGGAUGACCAAGGAAUUUUGCGGGGAAGGAAACGCUCAGUUGCAAAUGGUGGAAGGGUAUCAUGCCCAUAUUGAGUUGGAAGGACCGAAUGCUACUCCUGUGUUUGCCUGGGCCAACUCGACGCUGUUUGAAGACGAUGGCAAGAAGCAUUCCAAGCGCUGGCUGCAUGUUGUGAGACUUGAGGGCUUAAGGCCGUACACUCGGUAUACUUAUGUUGUCGGCAAUGCAUACUACAAGGCGUGGUCGAUUCCGUAUGUCACCAAGACUGCGCCAGCCCCUCUACUCGCUGGAGAGAAACCCAAACCUACGCGAUUUUUGGUCACGGGAGACAUUGGCUACCAGAAUGCAGCCACAUUGCCGAUGAUGCAGUCUGAGGUGGCAGAAGGAGUCGUGGAGGGUGUUGUUUCCGUCGGGGACUACGCUUACGAUCUGGACAUGAUUAAUGGUCACGUUGGAGAUAUCUUUAUGCAGGAGAUUGAGCCGAUUGCUGCAAGCGUGCCUUUUAUGGUGUGUCCUGGCAACCACGAGACUCACAAUGUAUUCAGCCACUACUCACAGCGUUUCCGACUCAUGCCAAGCAAUGAGAAUAAAGGUGUGCAGACCAUCCACACCGGCGGGCCUUCCAAGGAAGCGUACCCCAACGAGGUGCCGAACAACUGGUUCUAUUCAUUUGAUGUCGGUCUCGUUCAUUUCACGAUCAUCUCGACUGAGAUUUACUUCAAAAAAACUCUGGAUGUCGACGGAGAUGUAAUUGCACGGCAGGAGGCAUGGCUCGAGCAAGAUCUUGCUCUGGCAAAUGCAAACCGUGAGCAAACUCCUUGGCUUGUAGUUAUUGGACACCGUCCCAUGUACUGCACCUCUGACGACACAAACUGCGGCAAGAAGGCUGCAAUGCUGCGGGACAAGCUUGAGGACAAGUUUUUCAUGCACGGUGUUGAUCUGUACUUAUGUGGCCACCAGCACAACUACGAGCGAGCCUAUGAUGUGUACAAGUCCCAAACGUGGAAACGUACUCGAAAUAUGCGUGCCACCACGCACAUCUUGACGGGCGCAUCGGGUCAGUACUUGACGUCAAUUAUGCGCAAGUCAUUUGAAAAACCAGCUGAGGUCUGGGACGCUUUCCGCAACUCCAUUUUCGGUUACUCACGUAUGGACGUCAUAAAUGCCACGCAUUUGCACUGGCAGCAAGUAGAAGCCGACCCCGAAAACCCAGCAGCUCGUGGGUUAUACGGCCACAUUGUAGACGACGUGUGGUUCGUACAGGAGCAUCACGGCAGCUUCGCGCCCAUUCAAGCUGCGCUAUAG